UGGCGGGAAAAAGAGGUGAGCUUUGGGAGGGAAAAUCAUUGAAGAUCUAUUUUUCACGGGCUCUUAUUGUUAUUCGUAGAGAAAAUUAACGACCCAAGUUUUUCCUUUUUUGAAAAAAUGGCCCAAAUCGAAACCCUAGGAAUCAUCCAAGACAUCGAAACCCUCGUCUCCGAUCAACUUCAAGUGGUUUCCUACAAAUGGCUGAGUCGGAAUUACUUGGUGUCUUCCAAUGCUGCGAAGAGGUUACUCCAUGAGUUUGUUGAAAAACAUGGAAAUGGGUUGGAAGUGGUAUAUGUUUUGGCUGGCUGGUUGAAGAGCAAUCCUUCGAGCUACCAUAUAAGGCUUGUUUCUGGGCCUAAACUUGCAGAAGCAAAAGAAGAAUUUGAAGGCAACUGUUCAGUCGAGGUUUAUAGUGUGCAAGCUUGCAUCCCAAAGGAUCCAGCUGCAUUGUGGAAUGCUGAAUUUGUACAAGCAGAGGAGCUCUUCAAGCAGGCUCCAUCGGUUGAAAAUUGCUUGAGGGAUAACAGGUUUUGUGGGAUUUCCAAUUCCUUUGUUAAGCGUAAUAUGGAGGGAAUGCCAUUGAGCAUUGAAGCUCCACAACUUAAAACCAAAGCAGUUGUAGGGCCAUCUGAAAGCAAUUUAGCUCAUCAAAAUAUUGCAUUUCCAAAACAUGUCCAGAAUAAAGGACAACAAUCUAGCCCAAAAGUUGGUUUACAGGCUCCCAAUGUGGUAAAAGAUGUCAAAAGUGAAAGCAAUGGAACAGGAGCUUUUGAUCAGGCUAACAAACCACCAGCAGUCAAAGAUAAAGUUCCUCCUGUGCCUGCUAACAAAAAGAAAGUCCAAAAUGAUAAAAGCUCUUCUGCUUCUGGAGGUUCAUUGGCAAAUUUGUGGGGUCGUGCAUCUGUCAAGCCAAAGUCAAAUACUCUGUCAGAAAAUAAUAAUUCUAUUCUUAAUCAUACUGGAGCUAGUGCAGACGCUCAAGUUUGUGCCCAAGAAGCAGUAGCCAGUGUCAGCAGCGACGAUGAUGGUCACGAAGUCAAUUUCAAGAGAGCUUCCAACGGGGAAGGCACUAGAAAAAGGAGGGUUGUCUUUGAUUUCUCAGAUGAUGACGAAGAUGAAGGUGCAGUUAAUUUAGCAUCACCAGAUAAUCAAAAAGAGCAAUCAUGCCAAGAUCUGAAAGAAAGUAGCAAAGUUUUGGUUCCAGAGGGAACCAGUUUGAACUUUGACGAGCAGGUAGAAGAUAAACCCAAGGUAGAAGAUAAGCCCAAGGUAGAGGAUAAACCCAUGGUUAAGGAAGAGGUUUCUGUUGAUCGAAAAUCUAACCAAUCUUUCAGAGAAGAUUCUUCAGUUUCAGGCAUCAGCAAAGGGAGAAAUGCUGGGAUUAUCCUGAAAGAGAAGACACAUAGCUGUAUUCCCGAAAAAGAUCUUAACAAAAAGGAUAAACUGAACACCACUGCUUCAAGUUCACCUAAAAGAAGAAAAGUUUUGAAGACAGUGAUUGAUGAACGUGGAAGAGAAGUGACUGAGGUAAUCUGGGAGGGUGAGGAGACAGAAGCAAAGAAAGCCGACACUAGUAUAACGAAGAAAGUUGAUAAUACAGUUGCCAGUGCUGUUAACAGGCCUCCUGCAGCUAAGAAGUCAGUGGUAAACACUGCUCCAACAAAUGGUAAAGCAGGAAGCAAAAAGGGUGGAAACAAGGACCCUAAGCAAGGCAAUAUUCUUUCAUUCUUCAAGAAGGUCUAAGCCCUUUUUCAAACCCCAAGGAUCCCUGCAGCAGUGUUUGAUUAUAAUGGUUCUUACAUCUUGUUAUAUUUUCAAAGAUGACAGAGAGAAGAGUGUUUGCUUUUCUUCUCUGCUGCUAAUCGAGUUCUCGAAUGUGUAUAUUCUCUUCUUUUGGAUUUAUACUCUUAAUUUCAGCAUUAAACCAUCAUGGUUUAUUUUUGUACUAGCAGAGUGCAGACAUGGGGCCAUUUGGAUAGUCUGAUUACUUCAAAUUUAAA